UGAAGAAGAAAACCGGAAGCGUCACUUCUCCUGCUGCUGGUGAGAGCCAAAGCUACGUCGGUGUCAUCGUCUUAUCGGUUUGGGGGUUUGACUACAGAAACAACACCCUUAUUUCGUGUCCAGCCACGAAUACCCAUUUUCACUGGGGUCUCUGGAGAGAUGAACAACAACGGGAAUAAGAGAGCUCCAACCACAGCCACUCAGCGACUUAAGCAGGAUUACCUCAGGAUAAAGAAAGACCCUGUGCCUUACAUCUGUGCAGAACCUCUCCCCUCCAACAUCCUAGAAUGGCACUAUGUAGUCAGAGGUCCUGAGAAAACUCCAUAUGAAGGAGGAUAUUAUCACGGAAAACUCAUAUUUCCACGGGAAUUUCCCUUUAAACCACCAAGUAUCUAUAUGAUAACACCAAAUGGGAGAUUUAAGUGUAAUACAAGGUUAUGUUUGUCCAUCACAGAUUUCCAUCCAGACACAUGGAACCCCGCAUGGUCCGUCUCCACCAUCCUCACGGGUCUGCUCAGCUUCAUGGUCGAGAAGGGCCCCACCCUCGGGAGCAUCGAGACCUCUGAUUACACGAAAAGACAGCUGUCAGCCCAAAGUCUGGCCUUCAACCUCAAGGACAAAGUGUUCUGCGAGCUGUUUCCUGAUGUAGUGGAUGAGAUGAAGCAGAAACAGAAGGCCCAGGAGGAGUUAAGUGCCCGCACUCAGCCCCUCCCCUUACCUGAUGUGGUGCCCGACGGUGACCCUCAACAUGCCCACUAUGGCCUCCCCGCCCUCAAUGGAGGUCCCGUCCCGCUCGGGGCUGCCAACCCCGCCCCUGGCCUGCAGCAGGCCAAUCGCAACCAUGGACUUCUAGGUGGCGCUCUAGCCAACCUAUUUGUGAUUGUAGGCUUUGCGGCGUUUGCCUACACAGUCAAGUACGUGCUGAGGAGCAUAGCUCAGGAGUGAGAGGAGCCGGCGUUGUACGCCGACGCUCACCCCUGCAGGCGAGCCAGCUAAUGGACUCCACAUUCUAUAAACACACUAAGUGGGGGAGGGAUGUUAAGUCCUGGGUUAAAACCCUCCACGACCACCACCACCACAACCACCACCACCAUGGACUUUGGAAGAUGGAAACUCAAAGCCGACCCACACAGGAAGGAUUGAGAGGAGGGGGGGGGGGGGGGGGUGAGGAGGAGGAGGUGGGGGAGUGGACGGGAGUGGCAGUAGGGCCGGGGGAUUGGAGGGGCUUAAUAAAACGGUUGCGAUCCACUCUGUGCUUCAGAGGUUUAUGUCAGCAGUAGGAACAAACUUGGCUCAUGGGUUGUGGAAAUAUAGAACUGAGGACAAGCAAACAGGUCGCAGUUUAUCGCACCGUGCUGGAGGGCUGGUCACAAUAACAGAAAUGGGCUUUACGGAGGUGGAUUAAAAUACACAAUCACAAACUUUACUGAUUAAAGCUUGCUUCUUUAACAGUUAAGUAAAUAAUUCUUGAAGUAGAUCUCCCCCUGCCCAUCUCUUCCCCUGCAGUCUUUGCUGGUCCUUCAUCAGAUCUUACAGACUGGUCAGGGAGCGUCUUAAUGCUGUGCAGUGCUGCAUGUAUUCAAAUUUAAGAGAACAGGAGAACAGGUCUUUAAAGUCUUGGUGCUGGAGUUUUACACAUUUCCACGAAACAGCCUUGAGGAAAUGGCUUUCAUUAAAGUGUAGAGGAGUUAUGAACCAGUUUCUCACCUUUUAAUAUGACGUUGUCACAGGUGACAUAGUUAUUGUGCAAUAAGUAUGUUGUAGUAUAUCUGGAUCUAAGAGGAAAUGUAAGAGGAAGUUGUUUUGUUUUCCUUGGAAUGUGUUGCUCUCCAGAAAAUAAAAUUCACUACCACAUAAUUGAAAGAUCACUUCACCAAUUGUAAAAAUGAUUCAAAGAAUCGAAUGUGUCUGCAUUCUUAACACAAAUUGAACAUCACUGGAAAGACCUCGCAGUCCAUGUUGACCUGAUUUAUGAUUAUAUUGAUUAUGAUAUCAAUAUGCUCAUUAGCAAUCAGUGGCAAAUUGAAGACGGCAUACAACAGUAUCAGUAUACAGGAAUGUGAUACAAAUUGUCAGUCAACGGGGGUGUUGACAAUUGUCUCUUAAGUAGAUAAAACAGCAUAAGAACACAAACUUGGCCUGUCAGACUGUGAAAGAGCGACAGAUACAGGGUCAGAGUCCGAUGUGAGUCCAGAUGUUCUCUCCAGUCAACCCAUGAGCCGAGCAGUGAACCCAGUGCACAGGAAGUUAACUAGAGACCAGUACCUUUUUUAAAAUUGGCUUAGCUGACCAGUAUAGCACCACCCUAUAUAGGUCCAAAUGAUGAGACACAUGGAAGAGAACCAACAUUUUGUUUCUGUAUAUUAUUUUCUUUUUUUUUCUUUUUUAAAAAAAAAAAAAAACUUUUUCUUUGUGUUUUUGUUCUCUUUAUUUAUAGAGAUGCCUCGGCUUGUCUGUCAUGGAAACGUCUAGUGUUUGCUGGGCAGAGUGUUUCAGACAAACACACAGACAGGCCAUGGCCCAGGCUCACAUAAUUGCUGAUAAUUUACUGUUGUGCAUUGCAUUUAGUAAAGAUGGUUCUACUGUGUAUCUAAUGUUUUAACAGAAAUAUGAUCUGAAAGCAGAAGAUUCGCCUUUCUAUUGCUCUUCUUUUACUUGGCACCAUCUUUGAAAAAAAAAAAAAAAGACGAACUGAUGAUGAUGAUGAUGAUGAUGAUGAUGAGGAUGAUGGGAGUGCGUUUGUGUGAUUAUACAGCAAAUGCCCAAAAUUUCCAUGCUUCAGUUAAUCUUGUGUGACAUUGUAUGUUUUCAUAGUAAAUGCAAAUAAAUUACCCUGCUUGGCAGGGCGUUUUAGAAAACCCUC